AUGUCACCCGAUCUGAACUCUCUUGACUCUAAUGGUAAAUGGGACUACUCUACCCCAGGUUCAGGGGGGUAUUCCAUCCCUGACAUAUCUUACAAUGUAAGACUGUUUACAUGUCUCCGAGAUCCAUCAACCCGCCAUAUCAAAGUCCUCACAGUUGGCGCCGGCUUCUCGGGCAUCUUGAUGGCGUACCAGAUCCAGAAGUACUGCGAGAAUGUGGAGCAUGUCAUAUAUGAGAAGAACGCUGACCUAGGAGGCACGUGGUUGGAGAACAGGUAUCCGGGAUGUGCCUGCGACAUCCCAUCGCACGCCUACACUUACAGCUUUGCUCUAAAUCCCGACUGGCCACGAUUCUUCUCCUAUGCUCAAGAUAUCCAGAAGUAUCUCCGCAAAGUGGUCGACACUUUUGACCUCCGCAGGUACAUGACUUUCAACACCGAAGUUGUCCGAUCGGAAUGGCAAGACGAUACCGGGAAAUGGAAAGUGACGCUUCGGAAAAAAGACCCGGGAUCUAGCGAAACAAAGGAGUUUGUUGAAGAGUGCGAUUUGUUUCUCUACGCGACAGGUAUCUUAAAUAACUUCAAAUGGCCGAAGAUCCCUGGAUUAGACAAGUUCAAGGGCCGAGUCAUACACACCGCAUACUGGCCAGAGGAAUAUCAGAAAGAGCAGUGGAAGAAUGAUCGUGUUGCAGUGAUUGGAUCCGGGGCGUCUUCUAUUCAAACUGUACCGACCAUGCAGCCUCAUGUCAAGCACAUAGACGUCUUCGUUCGAACUGGAGUUUGGUUCGUACAGAUUGCGAACAAUUACGGCCAGAACAAAGAAUACACUGAUGAGGAGAAAGACGCUUUCCGAAGGGAUCCCAAGCAACUAGUUGCCCAUGCAAAAGAUAUCGAGAAUCAGGUGAAUGGGUUGUGGAGUUUGUUCUAUGCAGGCUCGGACGCACAGAAGGGCGCUCAGGAGAUGUUCAAGGCGCGGAUGGCCGAGUUCAUCAAGGACAGGCGUUUGUUGGAAGGGUUCACACCGAAAUGGGAGGUUGGAUGCCGCCGUGUUACACCAGGAGAUCCAUACAUGGAAGCCAUUCAAAAAGAGAACGUUGACGUGCACUUCACUGCUGUAGGCGCUAUCACCGAAGAUGGAGUGGUGGGAGAAGAUGGCGAAGAAAGGAAGGUCGAUACUAUCGUCUGCGCUACAGGCUUCGACGUCACAUACCGCCCUCGAUUCCCUGUCAUUGGCAAGAACGGUGUGGACCUGUAUGAAAAGUGGAAGGAAGCGCCAGAGAGCUAUCUAGGCCUUGGCUGCCCCGAUAUCCCUAACUGGUUGAUGUUUAUUGGGCCAACUUGGCCAGUAGAAAACGGCAGUGUAACUGGACCACUUCUUAGCGUCUCCGAAUACGCAAUCCAGCUCAUCAAGAAGAUGCAACGCGACCACAUCAAGAGCUGGGUUCCGCGUCAAGAUAUUACAGACUCGUUCAACGAGCAUGCGCAGGAGUGGAUUAAGCAUACCGUCUGGAAAGAUUCGUGUAGAAGUUGGUAUAGAAAUAACGACACCGGGCGUGUGAACGCUGUCUGGCCAGGCUCCUCCCUCCAAUACAUCGAACUCAUUGAAACCCCACGCUACGAAGAUUUCGACAUCCAAUACCUACAUAAAAACCCUUGGGCACACUUAGGCAUGGGGUACUCCAAGCUAAACCUUGUCCCAGGCUCUGACCUCUCGCCAUAUCUGCAAGUUCAGAAUAUUGACCCGAAGUGGUUGAAGGCGAUUGGGUAUGAGGGUCCAACUAAGGAGGUGGAGGAUGAAAGGGAAAAGAAGGAGAAGGUGGUUACGAGUGGAGAGGUAAGGGGCUCUUGAAGUUGUUGUGAGGGCAGGAUGGAAUGCUGAGGUGUGGGUGUAGAGAAUUAGCUGCUUGUGAAUGCUGCGAAGGAG